AUAAUGGAGUUGGGAGUCAACUUGUGAAAAAAAUUGGUUUAUUCCCUUUCUCUUACACACACAACUCAGAGAGAGAAGAGAGAAAGAACAAAAAUGGCGGAAACAACAGUGGAGUUUGCGUUAAACAACCUAACAGAACAAUUACGAGAUAACAUAGAUGUAAUUGCUGUGAUAAAAGAUGAGGUAACUUGUCUAUUAAGCGAACUUAAUCAUUUGAGAGCUUUUCUUAUCGAAGCCAAUAGAAAUCGGAGGGGAAGUGAAAUUCUGAAACAUUUUGUGCAAGAGUUGAACAGAGCAAUCAAUAAAGCUGAGAAUUCGAUCGAUAAUUUCAUGAUUGAAGCCAAAUUACACAAGAAAAGGGGGAUUUAUAAGAUUUUCGAUUUGUGUUAUUUGGUAAAAGGCAAGCGCUGUUGUUCAGAGAUCAGAUCUAUUAUGGAGAAAUUGAAGGAAAUUCGGAGAGAUAGUACUUAUGCCCUUUCUAUGUCUCUUCAAUUUGAUGAUUCAAAAUCAAAACAAACUGCUCAUCAACUCAAAAGGGCUCCCAUAGUAGAGGAAGAUGAGGUUGUAGGCUUUGAUGAGGAGGCGGAUAAAAUAAUCAACCGUCUUCUUGGAGGAUCAGAUGAUGUAGAGUUUAUCCCGAUAGUUGGAAUGCCUGGUCUUGGCAAAACAACUCUCGCGAAUAAGGUUUUCAAGAGUAGGGCUGGAUAUGCGUUUGACAAUCGCAUUUGGGUAUAUGUCUCUCAAUCGUACACCCAAAGAGACCUAUUUCUUAACAUCAUCAGCCAAUUCACCAGAAACACCGAACAAUAUCGAUAUGUAACUGAGGAGGCUCUAGCUGAAGUAAUACGCGAACAUUUGUUGCCAGGAAAGUAUCUUAUUGUAUUGGAUGAUGUGUGGACAUGGGAACCUUUGGAUGAUGUCAAAAUUGCUUUACCAAACAAGAUGAGAGGUAGUAAAGUCUUGUUUACCACUCGAGAUGACAAGUUGGGUAAAUUUUGUUGCAAUGAACCUCAUCAUUUAAAAUUCCUAACAGACAACGAAUGUUGGGAGCUACUACAGAAGAAGGUUUUCCACAAGGAUAAAUGUCCCCGGGAUUUGGAAGAACUCGGGGAGCGCAUAGCUAAGAAAUGUAUGGGGCUUCCCCUUGCAGCUUUGGUGAUUGCGGGAGCCCUAACCGGGAGAGGCAAGACAAAAAGUGAGUGGGAAAUAGUGCAUCAAUAUGUAAGUGAACACAUAAUUAGUAGUGAUAUUAUGAUGACCAAGAAAUUGGUGCAGAUGAGUUGCGAUAGUUUGCCUGUCAACUUGAAAGCUUGCUUCUUAUAUUGUGGUGCUUUUCCUAAAGGUUCCGAGAUCCCUGCUUGGAAGAUAGUCAGGUUGUGGAUCGCGGAAGGGUUCAUUCGAGAAACAAUGCAAUCAACCGUUGAAAGUGUAGCAGAGGGAUACUUGAAUGAACUUGUCAGCAAGAGCUUACUGAUGGUAACACAAAGUACAUCCAAUGGCCAAAUAAAAGCAUUCCGCGUGCAUGACAUGUUACAUGAGUUCUGUACGCUCGAAGCAAGUGAGGAAAAUCUUUUCAAAGAAAUAAAACUAGGUGUCGAGCAAUCUUUCCCUAGAAACCAGGUAUUAGCCACAUUUCGCCGCCUUAGCAUUGAUUCUUCUGUUCAAGAAUUCAUUUCUACCAACCCUUAUGGUGACAGCAUUCGUUCAUUCCUCUGUUUCUCCUCUCGGAACAUUGUGAUGUCCCCAUAUGAGUUAGAGACAAUCCCGAAAUCCUUUCCACUACUCAGGGUUCUUGACAUUGAGUCCAUAUUAUUUGAGUUAGAGACAAUCCCAAAAUCCCCAUUCCAGAAGCAGUUUUUUCAGCUAUAUCAUUUGAGAUACCUUGCUAUAUCGAGUGACUCGUUAAAGAUCCUUCCUAAAUUUAUGGAGGACCUGUGGAAUCUACAAACCCUCAUAAUUUCGACUCAACAAGAGACAUUGAACAUAGAAGCAGACAUAUGUAACAUGCCACAACUAAGGCAUCUUCACACAAAUGCCUCUGCUAAAUUGUGUCCCUCUGUCCUAAAAACAAGAAAUCAUCGUAGUGCUUUACAAACUCUUUCUAUAAUAGAACCUGAAACCUUCACAGAGUAUGUGUUGUUUGCAAGGUGUCAAAAUCUGAAGAAGUUGGGUAUUCGUGGGGAUAUGGCCAAGUUGGUUGGGCUAUUCGAGUUAGAAUACCUCGAAAAAUUGAAGCUAAUGAACUUAGCUAGUGGGGGGUUGCAUCUUUGUUCAGAAAAUCUAUUCCCUCGGAGGUUAAAGCAGUUAACUUUGUCAGGUACCUGGUUUGACUGGAAUGAGAUACGCAGAGUAGUUGGCUAUUUGGAGCUCCUCGAAGUGUUCAAGGUGAAAGAGAAUGCAUUUACGGGGGAUUAUUGGGAGUUGAAGGAUUACGUGUUUCCGUGUCUUAAGGUAUUAUGGAUUGAAAGGUCAGAACUAGUUAAUUGGGAGGCUUCUGAUGAGAAUUUUCCGAGCUUAGAGAGGCUUAUCCUUCGUAAUUUAAAUAAGCUUGAGGAAAUCCCUAUAAACUUUGCCAACAUAAGCCACCUGAAAAUGAUGGAACUGGUGAAUACAACCAAAUCAACGGUUAAAUCUGCCCAGAAUAUAGAAUCCCUCAGUGUAUGCACUGGAUUCAAGCUAACCAUUUUUCCUCCCGAUACGAUCUCUGAUUGCAACUAAUCAAAUCUCUUCCUUCAGAUCAGAGAUCUUCUUUUGGCUGUGUGUCAAAUAGCUUCAACUUUCUAUAAGCUAAGAUUGGUGGUAUCUGCAACUUAAUUUGUGUGGCUUUGCUCAGCUAUAUUCUCCUAUUGCUUUUGCCAUUUUUGGCACUUCUUUUGGCUUGCAUUGUACCUAAUCUUAUUAUUGUUUAUAGUCAUUGAUAUUUCAGACUUUAUGAUCUCCUCCUUUUGUGUUGUUUUGUGAUUGGGAUUAAUGUGCUCUUCUAUAUAUAUUUUUUGG